UGAGAGCUUGGCAGCCUGGCGGAUGCUAAGUGGAUCUUUUAGCAUCUUUUCCUGGAAGGAAGCGAGUGAGAGGCUGGGAGCGGCUGGACCAGGUGUCGAUCUGGCAAGGGGCUUGCAAGCAGGACACGAUCUUUGCCUACUCGGAUACGCGCUCGGACAGCACGAGGCCCAGAACACCAGGCACCAUGACGCUGGCAGCCUACAAAGAAAAAAUGAAGGAGCUCCCUUUAGUGUCUCUCUUCUGUUCCUGCUUCCUCUCAGACCCCUUAAACAAACCAUCUUAUAAAUACGAAGUGGACACCGUAGACCUCACUUGGUGUGUCAUUUCUGACAUGGAGGUCAUCGAGCUCAACAAGCGCACCUCCGGCCAGUCCUUUGAGGUCAUCCUGAAGCCACCCUCCUUUGACGGGAUCCCAGAAUUCAAUGCCUCUCUGCCCCGGCGGCGAGACCCCUCCCUGGAAGAGAUCCAGAAGAAGCUGGAAGCGGCUGAGGAGAGACGCAAGUACCAGGAAGCAGAGCUGCUGAAGCACCUGGCGGGGAAGCGAGAGCAUGAGAGAGAGGUCAUUCAGAAAGCCAUCGAGGAGAACAACAACUUCAUCAAGACGGCCAAGGAGAGGCUGAUGCAGAAGAUGGAGUCCAACAAGGAGAACCGGGAGGCACAUCUAGCUGCUAUGUUGGAACGCUUGCAGGAGAAGGACAAGCAUGCUGAGGAGGUCCGGAAGAACAAGGAGCUGAAAGAAGAAGCCUCAAGGUAAAGGCGCCCCACUCCCCGCUGGGGCGGGCACAUGACACUUUGGACUGACAGCUCCAAAAGAAGAAGAAGAAGAAGAUGAUGAUUGUGAUGAUGGCAGGCGGCUGACGUGGCAGUGGUGGUGGCGAUGGCGGCAGCGGCGGCUGCCUCCAAGUGCAACGUGUUGACUGACGGAUCGGGACUGUCCUCUGCUUUCGUUGUUUGUGAAUGUGAAGAAUUGGUUGGUGACAGCAUCUCGUGUGUUUGAGGGAGGGAGGGGGAACCGCAAGGGGAAGGAAGAGCUGGGAGGAAGAGCUGGAUGUAUUUGG